AUGGCAAUUCUUUCUUGCAGCCGCUCGCAUAAGGCUGUCUUUGCGGUCUUUAUUUCUUCCAUUUCUUUCUCGACCUUUGCGAUGUGGCAAACUACACGAGCCCUAGCUCCUGCUCCGCACGCGGACACGAAACCUGGGCCGCGCCCGGGGUGCGCAAGAGAUCCUGCUGAGUUCUACCUACCUGACGACCUGAAAACAUGCAAGCAACCACGUAAAGUGGACUGGUUCAACGACUUCCUGGCCAAAAACCUGGUGAGCAACCCUCUCGAGCCCGGAUGUUGGCAGAAGAACAAUUCCUGUGCACCCUUCCCCUGCUCCAAGCUUUGCGAGAUGGAAAGGUACCAAUACCUCCGAAAGAUCUGGAGCGCGGAGAAGCCAGGGAAGCAGAAGGUCAUGGCCUUCCAAUACGGCAAAGUUGCUAGCUCCGCCAUCGUAGAAGGGAUGAAAGCACAACUCGGCAUUGCUGUGGCCCAUGCCCAUUUGCCAGAACAUGCGAGACAGUGGAUGGAUGGGGAGCGCCCUCAAAUUCCGCUGCAGGUGCAAGGCUUCGCUUUCUCGCAGGAGUGGUCUCUGAAGCCAGGAGAUGAAUGCUUCAUUAUCACGGCGACUCGUAGCCACUUUAGCCGAGACCCCUCGGAGUACUUCGAGAACAUCCUGCUCCCCGAACACCCUUAUGGCUAUCAUCCCAGAGGCGUCCGCAGGUACAACGACACACCUCCAGUGGGUACCGACAAGAGAUGGACGGAGGCAAAGAUAACGGAGCUAGGAAAGACGAACGUGGCUAUUUUGCAAGAGGAUUUCCAGAUUCAGCAUGAGAUUGUCAUUCAGGCAUACUCAAAAUGGUACUCAGAAGUGUUUUUCGGCGCGACAGGUAUAAACGUAUUGAAGCAGAAGUUCGACCGGCAUAAGAAACAGAUGCUGGUGCGUGCGAAGACAUGCCAGGUGUUGGUGCUACGUUUCGAAGACAUAAGCGAGUGGAGCAACAUCAUUGGACAGUACUUCCCUGGCUUUCAGAUGCCGAAAGGUGCCAACAGAGCUGAGUUGAAGUGGUAUGCAGACGCCUACAGAAACUUCAAGAACACCCUGGAAUACAGGCCAGAGGAACUGAAGGCCAUGUGUGAGACAGAGACGGAGACCCAUUUCUAUGCAGACGAUCCUUCGUCCGAAUGUGCUGAUGCUGACUUUUAG